AAAGGCAAACUCCUUGACUGAGGGGCCGAAGGAAGGGAGAUAUUCUUCAUAGCCUGCAAUCUUGUGCUCUACGGCGCUAUAUUUAUACCUAUUUACUUGUGCAAAUUCUUAAAAAAAAUUCACUCUGUUCAGUAUAAACUCGAUUCUAGAUAAGCCAUAUUAUUCAUGUACAGGAAAGAAGAACCCGCUCAGUCCUGAAAAAAAAUGUCUGCCCGCAAUUUCUUUCGAAAAUGGCGGUCAAACUCAAUGGAAGCAGAAAUUGCCAAGUGUCGGAUGUAUUAAAGGCGGGACAACGUUUGCGGAUAUCAAUAUAAGAUUUUUAUUAAAUUUGUUUCUUUUUUGGGGAAGACUGCCGUUUUGGUUUUUUGGUCCCACUUUUCUUUAUGAUAACAGAAAAAGUUUAAAAACCAAGGACUUUGAUCAAGUGGGGGAGAACUCUUGCAAGUAUUUUAACAACCCGAGACACUACAGGCAGAGGGGUAAAGAGUAUAUACACUUUUCACUUGGUGUCUUGUUACUCUACUCUUUAAGCUUUGGUUAAUAUUGCAGUGCUAUUUAAAAGUACAUCUAUGUCUUCAGAAAAAUUCAUGUCCAUACAAAGUGCAGUUUCCACUCCUGAAAGUCUAAUCUGUUGUGAAGAUCUACAGGUAGAAGACGAAAGAGAAGUUUAUCGAACAUAUGCUAGGCAAAUAGAUCAAAGUAGCUCUUGCUCUUCUCUUUCUUCAAGGAAGAGAAGCUAUCCAUUCUGUAUGAAUGCAGUACGCCAUCCUAAAAUACCUCAACCAACUCCCAAAGUAGCAAGACCCAACUGUGAUAUAGAACAACAGAUAAAGAAAGUGAGAAUACCAGAAGAUUUAAGAGAAGAUAAUCUGACUGGUCCCAAUGGAAAAGAGAAAAGAUUACAAAAUUUUCUAGAUAGCAUAUUGGAGCUUGCUACCGACGAGAUCGUAUUGAAGGUGGACAAGUUUUUUUGUUCUUCUCCGUUUCGACUGUCGCAGGAUGUGCGAAUAGAAAAGGACAUGGAGAUAUAUUCAAAUGACUAUGACUAUAUUGAAAAGCUACAACAAGGUUCUAUUGAUGUUUCUGCUAGGGAACAAAUAGUUAUGUGGCUAUUGGAUUUGAGAGAACCACUUCAUUUGAACGCUUCCACAGUCUAUUUAGCCAUUAAUUGCUUUGAUCGUUUUCUAGCUAGACAAAGAAUUUCAAAGUAUUAUCUUCGUGCAGUCGCAGCUUCAUCUUUGUGGAUUGCAAGCAAAUUUAAUGAAAUCGAGCCGUUAUCUGCAAAAGCACUUGAAUGGUUGACUCAGGUAGAUCAUAGGGCUUUACAGACAUGUGAAUUAUUACAGUUAUCAGUAUUAGAUUGGAAAGUUCAUGACCUAACUCCACAUGCUUAUUUUACUUUUCUGAAGAACAUUGCCGAAGGGUCAUCGGUUCAUUCUUUCCUCGGAAAUGGACCUGAAGGGUUAACAUAUGAAGAACAGCAGCAAUGCAACCUAUUGGUUGAAAUUUUUUUAGAUCUCUGUUCUAUUCAUUAUGAACAAUUGCGGUUUUCGCGUUUGACUAUAGUUUUAUCUUGUGUUCUCUGCGCUUGUUCUGUCUUGGAUUGUCAUCUCAGUGAAUAUAAUGGAACCGAGGAACGUCUUCGUAAAUUGGAGCAACAAUUGAACGUCAAUACGUAUGACGUCCGAGAAUGCAUGAAAGAGACGAUGGCCUAUUUCGAAUGCAACUUUUAUUUUCGUGAAAAACAGAUGUCGAUUUUUUCAAAAACGGAAGACACAUCUUUUACACUAGACGGCUUUACUCCACUCCAUAGAGAAGACAACCACACACCAACGUCCAUUACUGAAAUAUCUUUUUGUGUUGCCGGACGUUGAAAGUCAGUAGAAUGAAUAGUCCGAAAAUUUGCAUAUGAUAGUAUUUUAAGCUCUUGUACUUAUGAAGAAUGGAAAGCCAUUUUUUCUAUUUGUGUAUCACUAAUAAUAAAUUAUCGUCGAUACAGCUAUUAUUAGUG